CUGCCAAUCCUUUCAGUUCUGUCAAAAGCCAAAUCCCUCCACCUCAAUAAAAACAAAUAAACCCUUAAAAAAAAGGACUAGAUGACACGAAACUCCCCCUCCGCCAUCAACCCCACAUGGUGAGUCCCCCAGCCGCCCCAUGAGCCUCGCAUCCCCAGCCAUGAAGUCCCUGAGUGAUGUGAGAAGGCCAAAGGACCUGAAACGAAAACGUGAUGAAAGUAAUCACGACGUGCGCCUCGAUAAACAAUUAAAAGUCACCGAUUUUGAUACGAACCCUAGCAUUAACCUAGACAAUAAUGUGGUGGAGAGUGCGGGAUUUUUCGACGAGUACUGUCAGAUACUGUUGAAGGACAGCAAUCAGAGCCAGGGGAGUGUGAUCGACGAUGACCUGUUGGGUGACAAGGGCCGAGAGAUGUUCAGUGAGAUGAAUCCCCCCCUGGAGAGGGUGCCCCUGGCGAUGAGGCUGAAGGCCUGGGCUGCGAGGAACUCCGAGACCCUGAGGAUUGAGGUUAUCGACGAUCUGCUGAACAUUCUGAGGGACGAGGGCUACCUGGACCUCCCAGGGAGUGCUGUGGCCCUCAUGGGGGGCGAGGGGCCCUCGGGGGCCCCCCAGGGGGGCAAGGACGACGCCCUGACCGAGGGCGAGCUCGAGAGGGUCGACGUCUGGAUAAAAAAAGAGGAGUCCAGCGAGUCCAUGUGGCCCAACGAGGACAACAACAGCUCCGAACCCCUGUCCCACGACGAGAUCGAGGGCAAUGUCAAGGGCGACGUCAUCUGCCCUGACUUUGCUGUCACUGAUUUCAUGACUGACGACAGCCAGAAGGGGAAGGACGGACUCAGGGCCAUCGCCGGGGAGCUUGGGCCCAAAUUCUGCUCGAUUAUCAAGCUCGAGCUCCAGAAGAUGGAGCAGAAGUGGGCGAGACAGCUCGAGAGCACCAAGAGGAGUCUGCUUUAUGAUAUGGUGAGGAAGUACGAGGAUCUGAAGAACAGGAUUGGCAUAUCCACGAGGGCCCUCGGCACCGGGUUCACGGACGACAGGGAGGUUCUGGGGAUCAAACUGCCGUUUUUGGAUGUCGACACCUUCAGGGACUUUGACGAGGGCAUUGCUGACAAUCCCGAGAAGGAAAUUGCUAUGAAAUCACUGAUGACAACGCUUUGUUUUGGAGCUACAUCACUGAGCAACAGUAUUGGCUGUACCUUAUCAGCAAUUUUGGCGAAGGACGUGCAAAUGCAGUACAGUGCGUGUGGAAAGAAAAUCAGGGGAAUUAAAAAACUAAACUUUGGGGACACGAACACAUUCAGAUAUUUCAAAGACGUUUUGAGAGAGAAGCAUGGCACGAGUGACGCAGAAAUAGUCUCAAAAACCAGUCGUUGGUUCACUGGAGCAGGAGAUCGUGACGGAGGCAGAAAAGAGCGACGAAAAUGAACGAAAAUCCCACCUCCGAGAUUAAUCGACAGCCUCAACGCUAAUUACUAAGCCAUUUUUUGUAGAAAAACGACAAAACAAUAAAAAAAAUACGGA